GCCCCGCGCUCGCCCCGCGCUUGACGCAGUGAGCGCCGCAGCCCGGCUCCCGCCGGCUCCUCUCGGCUCUCCCGCGCAGGCCGAGCCCAGCCCGGCGGGCUCCGGGAGGGGCGGGCUGGGCGCGAGGGGGAGGAGAUCUGUCUGGAGCCGGCGAGCCGGGAGGAGGAAGAGGAGGAAGAAGCAGGGGAAGCCGCCGCGGCGCUCCGGAGACCUGAGCACUCGCGCUCCGCUCGCCUUUGCCCGCGCCUGAAGCCCCGCGCCAGCGCCCGGGUCCAGUGGACACUGCCUUGGAGACCAUUUGCCCCACGCUUUGGCUGGAUCCUUGCUCUUCCUCUGUGUCCAGAAAUGAGGAGAAGAUGUCUGUGAUCCCUGAGGGGAGGAAGCUGCCAGCCUGUUCUUCUCAGAUGAGCCAGGUCACCGGCAGGCCCUGACCCAAAGGUGAGCUGGAGGUGCAGGGUGGAGCUGUCCGGACGCCCAGGCUGAUGGGCGAGGAGGCCAUGGUGAUGGCAGCACACAGUGGGCGGACGACGAGAGGCAGCUGGCAGUGAGGGGGCACGUUCCCUCCCAGCUCUCGUGCUGUGCGACCAUGCGGUUUGGGACAGGACACCCCUGAGCGUGUGGGCACCCUCCUCUCCUGCCCCUCCGUCCCUCUGGGGGCCACCGCCCCGCCCCCCACCCGGUGUCCCUGGCAGGCUGAGUGCAGCCUCCUGCGAGGGCAGUCCCCAUGGCCGGGGCCCCCGGAGCGGUGCUGUGGGUGUGUGUGACGGCAGCCGCCCUGCUGCACGCGGGCGGCCUGGCCCGCGGUGACUGCUGGCUGAUCGAGGGCGACAAGGGCUUCGUGUGGCUGGCCAUCUGCAGCCAGAACCAGCCGCCGUACGAGGCCAUCCCGCAGCAGAUCAACAGCACCAUUGUGGACCUGCGGCUGAACGAGAACCGCAUCCGCAGCGUGCAGCACGCCGCACUCAGCCGCUUCGGGAACCUCACGUACCUGAACCUGACCAAGAACGAGAUCGCCUACAUCGAGGAUGGCGCCUUCUCGGGCCAGUUCAACCUGCAGGUGCUGCAGCUGGGCUACAACCGGCUGCGCAACCUGACGGAGGGCGUGCUGCGCGGCCUGGGCAAGCUGGAGUACCUGUACCUGCAGGCCAACCUCAUCGAGGUGGUCACACCCGGUGCCUUCUGGGAGUGCCCCAACGUCGUCAACGUGGACCUGUCCAUGAACCGCAUCCAGCGGCUGCACAGCGCCACCUUCGCGGGCCUGGCCCGCCUGUCAGCCUGCGAGCUGUACAGCAACCCCUUCUACUGCUCCUGCGAGCUCCUGGGCUUCCUGCGCUGGCUGGCGGCCUUCACCAACGCCACGCACACCUACGACCGCAUGCAGUGCGAGUCGCCGCCACACUACUCCGGCUACUUCCUGCUGGGCCAGGGCCGGCUAGGCCAGCGCAGCGUUCUCACCACACUACAGUCCGUGUGCACCGAUGGCGCGUACGCGGCCGAGCCCCGCCUGGUGCCAGAGCGGUCGCCACCGGGCCGCGUGCCGCCCACACCGCUGGAGCCCAGCGAGGCCCCCUGCGUCGCGGACGAGUGCUUCUCCGGUGAUGGCACCACCCCGCUGGUGGCCCUACCCACACUGGCCACCCAGGCCGAGGCACGGCCCCUCAUCAGGGUCAAGCAGCUGACCCAGAACUCGGCCACCAUCACAGUGCAGCUGCCCAGCCCGUUCAACCGCAUGUACACGCUGGAGCAUUUCAACAACAGUAAGUCGUCCACCGUGUCCAGGCUGACCAAGCCCCAGGAGGACAUCCGCCUGACCAACCUCUACGCGCUCACCAACUACACCUACUGCGUGGUGUCCACCAGCUCCGGGCUGCACCACAACCACACCUGCCUCACCAUCUGCCUGCCCAAGCCGCCCAGCCCCCCGGGCCCCGUGCCCAGCCCCUCCACGGCCACCCACUACAUCAUGACCAUCCUGGGCUGUCUCUUCGGCAUGGUGCUGGUGCUGGGCGCCGUCUACUACUGUCUGCGCAAGCGCAGGCGCCAGGAGGAGAAGCACAAGAAGGCAGCCGCGGCCAGCAGCCUCAAGAAGACCAUCAUCGAGCUCAAGUACGGGCCGGAGCUGGAGGCGCCCGGCCUGGCCCCACUGUCCCAGGGCCCACUGCUCGGCCCCGACACUGUGGCCCGCAUCCCGUAUCUGCCGGCGGCCACCAGCGACGUGGAGCCAUACAAGCUGGUGGAGAGCGAGACGCCCAAGGCCAGCAAAGGCACCUACAUGGAGGUGCGCACCGGGGAGCCGGGGGAGCGCAGGGACUGCGAGCCGGGCCGGCCGGGCCCUGACAGCCAGGGCUCGGUGGCCGAGAUCUGCACCAUCGCCAAGGAGGUGGACAGGGUCAACCAGAUCAUCAACAGUUGCAUCGAUGCGCUCAAGUCCGAGUCCACCACCUUCCAGGGCGGCAAGUCGGGCGCCGUGUCCGCGGCCGAGCCGCAGCUGGUGCUGCUGUCCGAGCCGCUGGCCGGCAAGCACGGCUUCCUGUCGCCCGUGUACAAGGACACCUUCAGCCACGGCCUGCAGCGGCACCACAGCGUGGAGGCGGCCCCGGGGCCCCCUCGCGCCAGCACCUCGUCCAGCAGCUCCACACGCAGCCCCAGGGCCUUCCGUGCUGAGGCCACCGGUGUGCACAAGGUCGCGGCCACUGAGGCUAAGUACAUCGAGAAGAGCUCACCCGCGGCCGACGCCAUCCUCACUGUGACACCCGCAGCUGCUGUUCUGCGGGCCGAGGCCGAGAAGAGCCGCCAGUACGGCGAGCACCGGCACUCGUACCCCGGCUCCCACACGGCCGAGCCGCCCGCACCUCCGGUGCCCCCGCCCCAUGAAGGCCUGGGCGGCCGCAAAGCGUCCAUCCUGGAGCCGCUGACCCGGCCGCGGCCCCGCGACCUGGCCUACUCGCAGCUGUCCCCGCAGUACCAGCACCUGAGCUACGCCUCCAGCCCCGAGCACAGCUGCAGGGCCCCCCACAGCAUCUGGGAGCGCCUCCGCCCCAGCCGCCGGCGGCACAGGGACCAUGAGGAGUUCCUGGCCGCCGGCCACGCGCUGCGCAAGAAGGUCCAGUUCGCCAAAGAUGAGGACCUGCAUGACAUCCUGGACUACUGGAAGGGCGUGUCGGCCCAGCACAAGUCCUGAGCCCCGGCACUCGUGGUGCCCGCCGGACCCAAAAGGACACAAGCCCCACUGCAGCUCUUUGUAACCCAGAGACUGUCACCUGUCAGACACACACACACACACACACACACACACACACACACACACACGGUGGCAUUGUGGAGCCUGGAGCCCCACGUAGAAAGCAGGGAGGGGGCGCAGACACACAGUAAAUGGACCGUGGCUGUGUACACGGACCUGCCCUGAGACCUUCUCACCGGUGUGAGCGGCCCGCCACACACACUGUGCACACGCAUACGCACACGCACACGCACACGGGACUUCGGAAAACUGUGUCUUAGGGAUUGGGGUGGGGGAGGGGAAUUUUUUUUCGGUAUCCUAUUUUGAUUCU